AUGCCGCCCAGGAAAAGGGCCGUAGCUCCGGCCAGCGUGCGAGCUGCGCAAUCAGAGGGUACCGGUUCCACCAAGUCGAUAACAGAAACCGCACGGCGAAAACGUGCCGCCCAAACCAAGGAGGCCAAGGAGGCAGCGAUUUCCGAGCAGCCAACGCAGAACGGAGAGGACAAUGCCGCCGAUGCAGAGGAGACCGAGCCAGUGCCCGAGCCGCAAUAUCCCUACCGCCACCGCGAUCCCUUUGAUGCGCUUUUGGAACCAUUCUACUACAAUAAAUCCCUGACCGAUCCGAUCAAUACCGCUAAGGAUAAAUGGAACCUGUUGCCCGCGUUUUUGAAGGUCAAGGGUUUGGUAAAACAGCACAUCGACUCAUACAACUACCUUGUCGAAGUGCAGUUGAAGAAGAUCGUCGAGUCGAGCAAUACAAUUCGCAGCGACGUUGACCACAACUUCUACAUAAAGUUCACCGACAUCUACCUUGGAUUCCCUCGCCGAGCGGACGAGCCGCAGGAUGUCCGUACCGAGUUCGAGGAGUCAACCGUAUCUCCGCACGAGUGCCGACUGCGUGAUACGACAUACGCAGCACCGAUCCAGGUUGACUUUGAAUAUAUUCGUGGCCGUCAAAGGGUGAGGAGAAAGGGUGUCUCCAUUGGCAGGAUGCCGGUCAUGCUUCGCAGCUCGAAAUGUGUGUUGGGCAACAAGACUCCGGCCCAGAUGUCGGUGCUCAACGAGUGUCCGCUGGAUCCUGGUGGAUACUUUAUUGUCAACGGGACAGAGAAGGUUAUCCUUGUCCAGGAACAACUGAGCAAGAACCGUAUCAUCGUCGAGACAGACCCAAAGAAAGAGAUUGUCCAGGCGUCCGUCACAAGUUCAUCCAACGAGCGAAAGUCUAAGAGUUAUAUCAUCUUGAAGAAGGACCGGUUAUACGUCAAACACAACGUGCUUAGCGAAGACAUUCCCAUUGUUAUACUACUCAAAGCUAUGGGGAUUCACACCGACAAGGAGAUGAUGCUCCUGGUUGCUGGUGUCGACAAGGUUUACCAGGAAGACUUCGCCAUCAAUUUCGAGGAGGCUAUCAAGGUCGGUGUAUUCACGCAGCAGCAGGCGCUUGACUGGAUUGGCUCUCGCAUCAAGAUCAACCGAAAGCAGAUGUCUUACCGCCGAACCCAUGUUCAAGAGGCUGUCGAGGCUAUUGCCUCCGUCAUCAUCUCGCACAUUGAAGUUAAAGACAUGAACUUCCGCCCCAAAGCGAUUUACGUUGCAAACAUGGCCCGGCGUGUGCUCAUGGCGAAGAAUGACGCGGCGCUGGUUGAUGACCGUGAUUAUCUCGGAAAUAAGCGGCUGGAGUUGGCUGGACAGCUGUUGGCAUUGCUAUUCGAAGAUCUCUUUAAGAAGUUCUGCUUUGAUAUCAAGAUGAACAUUGACAAGGUCUUGAACAAGCGCAAUCGAGUUGAGGCCUUUGAUGCGUGGAGUGUUAUUGGCAUGCACAGCAAUCAUAUCACACAGGGAAUGAACCGAGCAAUCUCGACGGGUAACUGGAGUCUUAAGCGUUUCCGCAUGGAACGUGCUGGUGUCACUCACGUGCUCAGUCGACUGAGUUAUAUUGCUGCUCUGGGAAUGAUGACGCGUAUUAGCAGUCAGUUCGAGAAGACGAGAAAGGUCAGCGGUCCUCGUGCCUUGCAACCCUCGCAGUUUGGAAUGGUUUGCCUGGCAGAUACUCCGGAAGGUGAAGCAUGUGGUCUCGUCAAGAACCUUGCCCUUAUGACGCACAUCACUACAAACGACGAAGAAGGCCCGAUCAAGAAUCUUAUCUUCAUGCUUGGCGCAGAGGAUAUCGAAACCGUCGGUGGAAAGGAAAUAUACGCGCCUGGCAGUUAUACCAUCUCAAUCAACGGUACGCCAAUGGCGCUGACCCGGCGCCCAAAGUACUUCUUGAACGCAUUCCGACGGCUGCGCCGAAUGGGUAGAAUCUCCGAGUUUGUCAGUAUUUACAUUAAUCAUCAUCAGCGUGCCGUGCACGUAGCAACUGACGAUGGGCGCAUUUGCCGGCCGCUCAUCAUUGUCGAAGGCGGCAAGUCGCGCGUCAAGAAACAUCAUCUCCGCAAACUGCGGGAUGGAACGAUGCAGUUCGACGAUUUCCUGGCGCAGGGCUUGGUCGAGUAUGUGGAUGUCAACGAGGAGAACGACUCAUUGAUCGCCAUCUACGAGAAGGACAUCUCUGAUACUACAACACACAUGGAAAUCGAACCUUUCACGAUUCUCGGUGCUGUCGCUGGUUUGAUUCCUUAUCCUCACCACAACCAGUCCCCGCGUAAUACCUAUCAAUGCGCUAUGGGUAAACAAGCGAUUGGAGCUAUAGCAUCAAACCAGUUCCUCCGGUUUGAUUCCAUCCUUUACCUUAUGGUUUACCCACAAAAACCCAUGGUCAAAUCACGCACAAUUGAGUUGACCAAAUAUGAUCAGCUUCCUGCUGGUCAAAACGCCACUGUUGCCGUCAUGAGUUACUCUGGUUACGAUAUUGAGGAUGCCCUGGUCCUGAACAAGGGCUCAGUCGACCGCGGCUUUGGUCGCUGUCAGGUUUUCCGCAAAUAUGUCACCAACAUGAAGAGUUACUCCAACGGCACAAAGGACAUCUUGACCCCGCCUACAUAUGAGAACGAUGCCCCAAUCCGCAAGCACGCGCUUCUGGAAAGUGAUGGUUUGGCAGCCGUAGGAGAACAAGUCAAUGCUGGAGAGGUUUACAUUAACAAGUCCACGCCAGAUCAGUCGAUGUCCUCUGGGAUGCCAGGUUCCGAUGCAGGUCGGCCAAUCAGCUACAACCCUACCCCGAUGACCUACAAACUUCCUGAUCCUGCCUACAUUGAUAAGGUUAUGGUUUCUACCACAGAGAACGAGAACCAAAUUAUCAAGGUACUUACACGCCAAACUCGACGGCCCGAAGUCGGUGACAAGUUUUCUUCGCGUCACGGUCAAAAGGGUGUCACAGGUAUCAUCGUCGACCAAGCCGACAUGCCCUUCACAGACCAGGGUAUCAACCCGGACAUUAUCAUGAACCCUCACGGUUUCCCCUCUCGUAUGACAGUCGGAAAGAUGCUGGAGCUCGUCGCCGGUAAAGCCGGCGUUCUCUCUGGGCAGCACGGCUACGGAACAUGCUUUGGUGGCACACCUGUUGAGCAGAUGACCCAGACCCUCAUCGACAAGGGCUUCAGCUACGGUGGCAAGGACUACCUCACUUCCGGCAUCACAGGCGAACCACUCCCCUUUUAUGUCUUCACGGGACCGAUCUACUACCAGAAGCUGAAGCACAUGGUUCAAGACAAGAUGCAUUCACGUGCGCGCGGGCCCCGCGCCACCCUCACACGUCAACCAACAGAAGGUCGUUCCCGCGAUGGUGGUCUGCGUCUGGGAGAGAUGGAGCGUGACUGUUUGAUCGCUUACGGAACCAGUCAGCUUCUUCUGGAACGCUUGAUGAUCUCAUCCGAUCGCCACGAGGUUGAUGUCUGCGAGCAGUGCGGCUUCAUGGGUUACCUGAACUGGUGCCAGCGCUGCAAGUCGUCCAGGAGUGUUGUGAAGAUGGUCAUCCCCUAUGCAGCCAAGCUGCUUAUCCAGGAAUUGAUGAGUAUGAACGUUACGGCUAAGCUGAAGCUCGAAGACGAGUUCCCUGAGAACAAGGGGAGAUGA